AUGUUUGGUCAGGGACUAAUAGGUUUGCUGGUGGCGACUUUGGCGGCUUUUUACUACCUUUACGGACAGCAGAGUUCAAGGGCUUCGCUUUAUGAGUCUUCAUCAGAGGUUAGAGACGAGAUAGAGACUGUAUUUCUCGAAACGUGGAGAGAUUACUCAUUGCACGGAUGGUCCUAUGAUGUGUACUCACCAUUGAGCCACUCACAUCGCAAUAUGCCCCGGUCUGGGGACCCAAUGGGAUGGAUCAUCGUUGAUGCUCUCGAUACGAUGUUUAUGAUGUACAAUGGCUCCACUACACAUCGCAAUGAGCUUUUGAAGGAUAUUUUGGAAGUUCAAGUAUGGAUUGACAAUCAACUUUCCUAUAAUAUCGAUGCAGAGGUGAAUAUCUUCGAGACUACGAUCAGAAUGGUUGGGGGAUUGCUUUCUGCUCAUUACUACUCUUCGCAACUAGAGAUGGGAAACCCAGAUAUUUACUUGAACAAAGCGGUUGAUCUGUGCGAUAGGCUUGCGGCUGCUUUUGACACAUCUGAAAGCGGGAUACCGUAUUCGAGUGUCAACUUGCGUACAGGUCAAGCGAUAAAGAAUCACGUCGACGAUGGUGCUUCUUCUACUGCUGAGUUCACUACAUUGCAGUUAGAGUUCAAGUAUCUGUCUUUUUUAACAAAGAACGAUACUUACUGGAAACUUGCUGAAAAUGUUUAUCCUGCACUUUAUCAAAGUAACAAAUUGUUAGAUGCAUACCAUGGAUUGGCUCCAAUUUACACGUAUCCCGACUCUGGAAGGUUUAUGGGACAAAACAUUAGGUUUGGCUCUCGUGGAGACUCAUUCUAUGAGUAUUUGUUGAAGCAGUAUCUCUUUACGCAUGAAAAAUUGUAUUAUGAUUUGUACCGCCAGUCUAUGGAAGGUAUGAAGAGACACUUGAUUGGCAAAUCUCGCCCCUCUGGAUAUACUUACAUUGGUGAGAAACCAUUCGGUCUCACGGGCUCCCUCGAUCCAAAGAUGGAUCAUUUAGUCUGCUUCAUGGGCGGGCUCCUAGCCAUGGGAGCCACAGAAGGAUACCCAAUCCAGGAAGCUCGCAAGAAGGCUCUGUGGGAUUCUCAAAGAGAAGAGGACUGGAAACUAGCACAAGAAUUGACCCAUACAUGUUAUCAGAUGUACCACCAAACGCCGUCUGGGUUGGCAGCCGAGAUCGUGGUGUUUAACGAUGGCAGGCCUAUUCCGGACAACGCUUGGUUAUCACCUUCAGGUGACUUUUACAUAAAGCCAGCCGACAGGCAUAACUUACAGAGACCAGAGACCGUGGAGUCGAUCAUGUUCCUUUACCACUUGACAAAGGAUGAUAAAUAUCGCCAAUGGGGUUACGAGAUCUUUUCUAACUUCGUUAAGCAUACUUGUGAAGUACUGGACGAUUCGCACAACAUCUAUCUCUCUUUAAAGGACUGCGUUAGCCUGCCCACGAUCAAGAGCGAUAACAUCGAAAGUUUUUGGCUUGCAGAGACUCUCAAAUACCUCCAUCUCCUAUUCCAGGACGAUGUAGACCUCACAAAGGUUAUCUUCAACACCGAGGCUCAUCCUUUCCCAGUGCUUGACGUCGGACAGUUACGUGAGCUAGGUUUAAAAACCGGUUGGUCGCCAUAA